AUGCUUACCGACGAUCUCCCAUGGCCAGAGCUCGGUAACGUCUCCCGAGGUGCAACCCGAGGGAAUCAAGGCCAAAAGGGCUUUUUGGGACCACCAGACAACGAGGGCCGAUGCACCUUGCAGCUCAGGGUGCAGCCUGGCGUUCUGGCCGUGCGCCUGAACCGUCAAGCAAGCGACUGGUAUCGCGUUCUAGACAAUGAAGUCAACAGGGCUCUGAAGCUGACGAAGAGCUACUGGAGAAAGGCCAGACGUCGGCAGGACUACAAUGCGGAAGCGGACCAAGAACACAUGGAGCUGCACGAGUGGCUCCAGCAGCUCAAAGACAAAGUGAUGUCGCACCUGGAGCUGCUGAUGCAGAAAGGGGAGAUACAAGGACCUCCAUAUGUUAUGCCGGACGAUGUGGAGCUGACGUUCCUUCGCAAGUUCAUUGAACGUCAGGCCGCGGGAAUUCCACACAACCCUCGAUUACGACGGGCAUUCUUGCAGAAUAACCCGAGUGGUACAAACCAACAGCAUCCUGUACUCUCCACUGCCGUCGUUCCGUCCGCCCCACUUUCCUGGAGUGGAGACGACAAAGAUACCAUCGACCAAGACCAAGCGGAAUCACCUGAAGCAAGCUCUUCUCAAAUCGACAAUCCGCAAAGUGUGAUGGACCAGGUGAACUCCAACCGAAAAAUACUCAGUAGUGCGAGAGCAGCUUUGCUGCGCGCUCAGAGGGAAACACAAGAGGCCUUCGCGUUAUAUACCAGUUGCUUGGAUACAGAGUCAAGAGCACGCCAGCAAGUCUCAUUGGCCGAGGAGCGCCGUGACGCCAUAAUGACCGUUCUCCUUGAAAAAUAUCGCACUGUACCGCCGCAAGACGUCGCUACCGCCGUUCAUGAUUCAUCGAAUUCCGGAUUUCCUCGUUCAGUCUCGAGAGCAAGUACAACUCACUCUCAGGAGGAGACAAUGAGCCCGAACCUGGCCAAUCAUGUCAGCGUUCAAGCCAGUGUGAAUAGCUGGAAAGCCAUGAGGGGCAUGCAGUGGCCACAAACCGACAGCGUUGUAGCGGCAGCUGAGAUAGCGCAGGCUCAAGGGUUCGGCACUUCCGAACGCGCGUUUGCAUCUACUCGCGAAGCUGAGGCACAUGCCGACUGCAUGGUUUCUUUCGACCGAAAGCAUCCUCGCCAUUGGGAAGGGCUGCAAGGCUCGCAUACUGUCCAUGAGGGUCCCAGAGCAGGGUUGAUGGAUCAUUUGGUGCAGAAUCAACCAGGAUACGAGGGGUUGACUUCUUCACCUCCCCGCAAGCGUAUGCAAAUUCCAGACGGCGGCAUGUUUUCGGCGCCAAGGCCUAUGUCUUCACGCGACGCAGAUCGACCGUACCCCACAGAAUGGGCAUCUCAAUCUCAACUUUGA